AUGCAGUGCUACGCCAAAAUUCAAGGCUAUCACUAUAUUUUAGCUCUGGAUUCGGAUUUUGAGUGCAAUAAUAAUGAAGAUGUGAGUGCCUUUCUCAGAACAAGCUCCACGUUUUCCCAGGAAAAAUACUUUCCAUAUGCUCUGAUAUUAAUUUUGAUGGUCUUAAAGUUGUAUUCAGGGCUAUUUCCGUCGUCAUUGCGUUGUUUCGAAGAUCCUGCCUCAUUUUGACUAUGUUCUUUUUGUUGACGCGGAUAUCGGCGUGGUGAAUCCACAGAAGUAAUUUCCAACUGUGUUCAAUCUUCAUUUUCGGUUGCAGAAGAAUCGAAGAUUAUAUUGACCCAAACUAUGAUAUCAUUUUCUAUGAUCGAUUUUAUAAUUGGGAGGUCAUGGCCGGGUCUUAUUUGGCUAGGAACACCAAAUAUGCCGCACAAUUUCUGGCAGGUUAGUUUUUUCGCUUUUUUUCUGAAAAUCCUAUUUUGAGGUUGGGCUGAUUUCGAACAGAGAGUGCCGAGAAGUUUCCACGGCACGGAUAACGGAGCGCUUCACGUUGGAAAUCAAACAGCUGGAAAUCAAACAUAUUUUUUUUUUUCAGUUAUAUUUGGCGGAAAUCCUGUUUCCCAAGGCAAAGAAACGCCAUCAAGACCUGCUCAAAAGUUUAUAAAAAGUCGAGGAAUUAUGAGGACCUGUUCACUUUCGAGGCUUGCAUCAGAUCGAUUUUUGGAUCUCGGAGGAAGUUUCGUAAAAUCGCCAUUCUGGAGAAGGUUCCCCAAUCCCAUAUUUAAUAUAAAAUGCCACAUUUAAAGGGAACUGGCUGGGCUCGGGACAAUUGGUUGACCAAUAGUUUAUGGAGCAAGGAACACGAUUUCAUGCUGCAUAACUGGAAAGAAACCGAAAAGUAUCCAAAACCUAGGCGUUUUGUUGAGUGAGUUUUGAACGAUUUUUCUGAGCUGUUCUGAGAAACUUUGAAGUGAUCUUUAUAGGGAGUGUAAUAGGGACCCUUACGCUCUUCCUAUACGGAGCCCUAAAGUUUCGGGGUUUUACUCGGCAGGAAUUAUGCUCCGGGCAGACCCUAUCUGGGAUGCGGCCUUUAAACUUUCGGUGCUUUUUCUCGCACAUUCUGGGGCACAACCGAGCGCGGAGUCAGUUUUUUGCGCAAUGACCUCGAGAGUGGAGUUUUCAAAAUUCCGAGUCAAUUCAGUGCAAUUUCAGGGGAGAAAGCGAGCGAAAAAAGCGAAUCUAAAAUCUGUAAUUUUCUCAAAUUCAAUUCUAAAGUUUUAUUUAUUAGAUCUUUUGAAAUUAAAUAGAAACUCCUUCUAUCGUAAUAGCUUACUUUCCGCACCUUAUUUGCGCCCAAUGGGAAUAGGUUAAGCCCCGUUGAUAAUAAUUAUUUUUGUUCCUAUGCAAGUUGAAUUUCGUGGUCAGCACUGUGCAGCCUCUCCUUUCGCACGAAAAAGACUCGAAAAUGUUACGGUUUGUCACUACCACUUGCAAAGUGCAAAAGAUGGGAAAAAGAGAGCAAAUCUGGGGGUUGCACCGGGCCGAGGUAUCUGCCGAGUAGUAGAUCUUCAAAAAGAACUAUAGUGGCCACUAAACUUUGACCUCUAUAGGGACUGUAAAAUUGCUCCCUGUCCCUAAAACAACAACACACUAUAGGGACCCCUCCAAAACCUUUCUUUUUGUGAACUUCAAGAAGACCUUUUUCAAGCAAUAGUGAGGAAGAUUUCGAACCUGGAACAUUUCAAAAAAUUCUAAAAAAUGAAGAAUUUUCAAAAAUACCCUGACAAUAAUAUCACUAGUCGUUUUUAUUGUAAAAUGGUUACAAAGUCAAGCUCCAAAUUUGGAAUUCAUGUAUUUUCCAGUAUUCACCGCCUCCACCGGUACAAGUGGUACAAUCCUCUUCUAGGCAAAAUCAAUACUUUGAGAUGUUCGCCAAGGUAAAUCACCUCUCUUUGCGAGGCAAUAAUUAACAUAUUCAGAAACUCGACAUGGAACUACGACGAAAAACUGAUUAUUGAGGCUCAAGAAGUUGAAGAGAAGUUGAAGAAUUACGCGGCCGUCGUGGCGAGAGAGCAAGCUUUGAGUCUGACUAGGGUUGCAAAGUUUCUGUGAAUAAACUUUUCUGCCAUUUAUUAAAUUCGAUUAAACAUUGAAAGGAACUUUAUCACAAAGUAGGAAAAUAACAUGGAAGACUAGAAAAAUAUCCCGAGAUGGCUGAAAAUUCUUGAUGAUCUUUCACUUCGUAGAACUAUUCAUUUUUUUCCUUUUAAGAAUAUGUCGACGGACAACUGUAGCACGUGUUUGCAGUACCUGGAAACAACAUUAAUUGAGUAAUGACUUACUAAAAAGCUACUUUUUUUAACUUUUCUGGCCUCGAAAGGCUACAUGGGCAGCUCAAAAAGAGCUAUAAAAAUCAAAUUUCCGAUAAGAGAAUAUUUGCACUGCCUUUUUAUGGCUUUAUUCUAUAGGAAUCUUUUUGAAAGAGAUAAAAUUAUGUUAAAACAAGAAGUUAAUUAAAUUUUGCCAAAAAACAGAUGAAAAAAAAAAGACACUGCCAAAGUCGAAAGAGCGGAAAACGGGUGCAAAACAGCUGCUAAAAGGGCUCCCUUUUUUGGACUUUAUUGAGCCUUUUCUUUCUUGGUGGGCUAAAAAGCCUUAUUAAUUUUUUCCGAUUUUAUUACUGUAGCACAUUUUUGGUUCAUACACAGUCACUGGUAAAGAUUAUUCUCAACUAAAAAAUUUUUCUCAAAUGGGUCCAAAAAAAAAGGGUUUGGAUAGAGGCCGAUGAAAGGACGGAAAAAGGCCGUGAAAAGGAAAUCAUUGCCACCUAUUUAGGAACAAUUAGCAGAAACCUUUUUGCACCCAUAACAGACCCUCAAAGAGCCCGUAAAAGUUCCUUCCGACUUUGCUUAUGACAAAGGUAUAUUCAAGCCUUUGAAGUAACUCUUUCAUCCCCUGUCAAGUUUUUUUGAACCUUUUUGGUGCAAUAAAAAUUUUUUCAACGCCACGCAAAAGUUAUACUAUUGAAUAUAGCCAUUCUUCAACUUCAAGAGAAAAAAAAACCUGUAUCUUUCGGUCAAGUUGAACCGAGAAGCUCCGUAUUUCAAUGGGUGAAGGAUCAGAAGAGAGGAAUUGUAGUACUUUGGCCACUCGUUCCGAUCAUUUCCCCACAAAUAGCUGUCUUCAGUUAUCGCGGGACUGGAAAAAUCGAGAUCUUGGAAAAAAUAUACGGCUCGAAAGGUCGCAUUUAAGAAUGGCUCGAGAGUCUGCGGUUUCAAGGAAAAUUGAAAGUUUCGUCGAUAACCCGUUGUUUCUUCAAUUUCAUAAUAAGAUCUUGGGUAACUCCAUUAUUCUCUACCUGCAAGACUAUUUCAUGUAUUUUAUCAUACUGACGCGCGCAAGUCGCCUCGAAGUCGGAUGCACCUCGUUACCAUCAGCGAUUGCUAGUGCGACCAUGAGGUAGUAAAAACACACAUUUUAUAGUCCACAGAUCGAAGGAACUUCUCAAUGGCGAUUUCCAAAAACAAAGUUUGCUCGAAAAAAAUCUCCAUCAGGUCCCCGAAAUAGUCCAGCAUGGUAUUGGGAAUGUAAAUGCUGGAAAAUACCAAACAAAAAAAAAGAAAUUAUUUGAAUUACAAAUCGCUAGCCGUCCAGGAAUCCCUAGCGUACAAACACCUGUCUCGCAUCUUGAUAUCCUCUCCGUUUAACCUGAAUUUUUCGGAUAGGGGAUUUCGAGUCACAAAAAUUUUUUUCUUUCUUCAAACAGGCUUUCAAUAGAAUUAGAAAAUCAUUUAAUAUCAGGAUUUUAACUUAUUUUGAAUAGAGGGAACGUGAAAUAUUGGAAUAAAAAGAAAGUUUAUCGAGAAAAUCUCGUUGAAAAUGUUUCAAGAAAGAGCUCAAACUCACCCCUCGAUCAAACUUUCUCCAAGUUUCAAUAACCUCAGGAUCACCUGUCGUAGUCAUAAACUUCACGAUCCUCUCCAUCGCUUUGUAAGCUUAAAGUUCAAAAUUGCUCUAAAAUCUAUGCAAGCUUUCAUUUUUUAUGGGCUUUUCUGAAAAAUUAAUUUUCCUAAUAUUGAAUUGACGUAAAACAGUGUUCUCAUGCCGUGUUCAAAGUAAUUUCCGCGAAAUGCAAAAUGUUCUCUGACCCUCCAAAAUUUAGUUAUCUUUCUCUUUCUCUGACGACUAUUUUUAAUUUCGCGGAAUCACUUUGAACACGGCAUCAAACAGGUGGCAGACGCUGUCUUUGGGCGUGGCUGCAUGCGAGGGAGGCGCGGCUUAUUGCAAUAGUGGCGCGACAGUGAGAGCCGAUGUUUGUGAAAAAUGGAUUUUUCGUAAAUCAACUCUGAAAAAAUAGGAAAAACUUGGCAGGCAACCUAAUUAACGGCUUUGAUUACAAAAAUGAUAUAAAUAAUCACAAAUGUUCCUCAAAAAGAUGGACCACCAAUUGCUGCCUGGAAUCGGAGCCAUAGUGCCGACCGUGUGGACUACACUUUCAUAAUUGGUUCUUUGCCAAUGAUUGAAUUGUACGUCGUCGGACAUCAUGUAAUAACCUGAAAAAAGGCUUUACCAUGAGGUCAUUGGAAAAUUUGAGUUUUAAACUCUCCUUAUUACAUACCAUGACAAUAAUGUUUUUUUCUAGGUUCACACAGUUUUUUCCAAGAUGCUUUCCAACUUUUUUGAAGAAUUAAAGCCCCUUUUUUGACUUUUUAGCCUUUGCUAUGAAAAUAAUGAGUUUUUCUUUCCCGGAGUAUACGGUAUGUGAAGUCCACAGUAGGCGCAUGCACUUUGCGUGUUUGCACAGUGAUCUCUGUCUCCGCGUUUUCAAUUUUUUUAUUUUAUUUUUUUUUUCAUUUAGAAUUCGCAGUUUUCGUUUGAUAUUAGGUAACAAUAAUUAGUUGUUGUGAUUCUUCGGAGAAGGAAAACUAGCUCUUGUCACCUUUGAGCCACUUUUCGACACGUUUGUUCGGUUUUUCAAAAAAGGGUUGCGAAUUUUUCAUGAAAUAUUUUUUUGCUUCUUAUGUACUUUCUCAUUUUGAGUUUUUCUCGUCAUUCGUUUAUUCACCUUGAACAUUUUGCAGCUGAAGUUCCCUGACUUUCUGAGCGCAGAUGUAGAUGAAAUAUCCUUCGUGAACCUCGUCUUCGCUGAGAUUGAUAAAAUUGAUGCGAUCGAAUUGCUCAAGGUAUUCAUCUAAAAAAAUCGAGUUAGCCUAGCUUAUUUUUUCUUGGUAUUUCAAAAUACGUCAUUUUCAAACGAAAAAAACCUGGAGGGUUGAUAUUUUUCACGUCGAAAGUCCCACAGAAAAUAAUCAUGCCGAAGUAAGGUCCAUAUAAUCUUUGGACCAACCCUAUUUCUUUGGAAAAUGGGUAAUUAUUCGUAAUGAUUAAAACCUGAAAUUUUGAAGAUUUAUCAUAAUUUAUCUACAGUAUCCAACAGUGUUCAAGUUCAUAUUUCGAACGAAAAGAUGUUUUGGUCAUUUUUAGUGAUGAGUUCAGCAUCUGGGAGGUUCUCAUUAAGUUCUGAAAGUAUUCAUUUAUUCAUUAUACUUCAAAGUAUUUUUCACUUGUAUAUUUCGCAACAGAACACCACUUGGAAAGGGCUGCGUUGGACUUCAAUUUCUGAUUGGCUCUGAAUAAGGCCUAAAAGAUAUAUAAAAAGUUGAGUUCAUUAGAAGAACUACUUCAUUUUCAUUAAUUUGCACUAAAUCAAUGUUAGCUCUUCUGCAAUUUGGGGACCUUUUCCGCCAAGAUUUAGGGAUUUCAGCUUUUUUGAUAUUUUGAAUAGAGGGGAAGACGUAUCUAAAAGUUAGACGAUUCACCUGCUCAAGAUUUUUUUUUUCUCGACAUACCCAACUUUAGCAAGGUCUCGAAUCCAAGCUCUUGUCAGAAAUCUGUUCUCUUCUUCUAAGAUACGCGAAGAUACCAUUAUAUUUGUUAGUUGGAUGAAACAAGCCUCAACUGAUGAUAAAUAACAGUCCCACUGGUCAAGUUUCUCAAGCACUCGAUUCCAAUUUGACCUGAAAAAUGGUCUUGAUUGAAUAUGUUAGAAUAUAAAAUUUAACCUUUCUCGUUUCGAUUCUGCUUUCAUACCUAUCUUAAUAAGUUGGACAGCAUUUGGAGGCAUCAAAGCCACAAAAUCUCCGGUUAAGUUCAUCAUUUUCUGCGUUAAAUACGACCUCCAUAUAAUCGCGUUCCUUGAAAAAAAUAUUUCCUACUUUGAUUUGGCCGCAAAAAAUUACCUAGAGUUAAGAGCUGAUGGUAUCAGCAUUGCGUAGAAGGCUGUGCUGUGGAACAACGUGUUUUGAAAUUCGAAUGGCGAAUAGGUGCCUUGAAACAUUGAUUAUUAUUUUAUAAAGGGAGAUUUUUGGCACUCACCAGGUGACAAAGUAAUAGGUGGUGAAAAACUUGUGGUAUCUUUUCCGUAAAAUUGGCGUAUUUCCAUUUCUAAAACUUUAAUUUGACAAAAUAAUAAUAUUUGAUUAUUAUUAAUGAAUUUUGAAAUAGUCCGUUCAGAUUUUUGAAUGUCAAGUAGACUGACGUCAUUCGGGAAAAGGCUCUGAGGAUGGCUCGCUCUCUGAUUGGUUUAUCGCGCCAUUUAGAGGGACGGAGCUUCAGCUAGGACUUGUCAUUUGGAAUAGGAACAGACUAUAUUUGAAUUUCGUCGAAGUUUUGCGUUGGGGCGCACUUCUUCUUCUCCUGUUAUUCUCCAUUCAUUUUUUUUUUCAUUCAAACUCUCGGACUUUGUUAUCGUAAACCGGACGUUUCUACGAUUUCUAAUAAUCACUUAAGAGUGUUGAGACCGCUAGAAUGAUCGCUAGGAAUGCUCAGACACGUCCAGAUCGCGUUCUCGAAAUCCAAGCUCAUUUGAACUCACAAAUUGAUUUCUUCUUCAGAAUACGUCCUCACCAUCCCGUGCUGAACAGCUGCAGUUUUGGCUUCACGACAGGAUUCCAUUUGGGCAAAGCCGUUUGUGUGAAACUGUAUUCACAGUGAGUUAUUAUUUUUCUCAAGUCAAUCAUACCUUAAUUUCUGGAAAACCCUUUGGAACUCUGCUUGGGUCACCAAAAAACUGAUGAGAAUUGAACAUUCGAUCAGACAAAAAAUCCGAUUCCGGAGAAAAUUUGAGCCCACGAGUAGUGUCAUUAUAUACAAAUUGAUCCAAACCCUUUCCUGAAGUUUUUUGUUUCAUCUCUGGAGUUUCGAAUUGCAAGAAACCAUAGAAUUCAAUAUCGAUUUCCAUGUCGUAAAUCCACUCAGCGCCACGAGAUAUUGCGUACAAAAAUCCGAUGUUUUUUCGUGUAGAAGGACUUCCAUAACUGACGGUGGCAAUAGAAUAUCCUAUGAUUUCAAGAAAAUCGGUAUUAAAUUAUCAGAUUUUUGUAACCGACCUAGUUUUUCGAUUUGUUGCGAAUUCAAAACAUGGACAUUUGUGAAGUUGGACGUAGUUAUGUAAUCACUAACCACUACAACUUUCCAAUCAGUCAGGGAUGAUAACCUCUGAAAACAUGAAAUUUUGAAAAAUCGUCUUCAUCUUGAGUUAGAAUUUUUUUUUCCCUUACUGCAAUCGCCUCCGAGUAAUCAUCUUCCGUAGCCAAAACUAUCCAUCGAUUCCAACUUUUUUUAGUUUUGUAUAUUCUGAACAUGACAGGUGAAAUUUGGAAAAGCUAGGAAUAUGACUUGAGACCUGCUAUAUUUGAAGGUAAUCGAUUGCUUUUCAAUCAAAAAUAUCAAGUGAAGAAUGGCGACGGCCCCAAAAAAAAGAACGUACUUCAGAAUCAUUCUGUAGAAUAGAUUUUUUGGUCCUCGGGAAAUAACUGAAUAAGAAUGAGCGUGAGGAAUUUGGAUGAGCCUUUAUCUUGAAAAUUUAAAUAAGGUCAUUCCUAAACUCGGGCAAAGUCGGAAUGGUGGAUAAUGGCCGCUAAAAGGAAGUGGCUCAAAAAAGGCCGCAGAAAGGCAGCAAGAAGAGUCCCUUCAUCGUUUAGUUUAGAGAGAACUGCUUCUCAGGACUUCUUUUAGUGCUCCUUGUAUAGAAGCUUGGUUGAGGUGUUGAGUUGAGGGUUGAGGUUGAGGUUUAGAGGCUGAGCUAUCAGUCGAAGGCGUCGCCAGAUGGCCCCUUCGCGAGGAGAGCUUCAGAUAACGCUCAAACGCCUUGCAAGCAGGAAAAUCCCAAAUUCCGAGGCUUUGAACUAGCAAUGUGA